GUGAGCGAGGGAGCGAGUGUGCGAGCACGCGAGAAGAGAAUUGAGUAGAGUUGAUCCCUUUACCUCCACACUCUGUGCUAGAACGAGUCGACCUGCUGGAUUUGUACACGAACAGCAAAGCUCGUCUCAGACUGAAAGCCUCCCCCCGUGUGGUAGCCGCUGGAAUCUCCGAGGAACUCACCCUGGACUGCAGACCCCCAGGCUCUGUCGAUGACGUGCUGUGGGCCUUCCUCUUGAUCGUUGACUUUGAGAACGUCAAUGGAACCAUCAGCCAUCUCGCUCAGCAGACGUCAGAGACACAGAUUAUUGAUGAGACCAACAGAACCACAGCUGAGGGUUACAACCAGAUGUCCCAAGACGAUGAGCUCUCCUUCCUCACAGUAACCGUAGAAGAUCCAAGUGAAGAGGACGAGGGUGUUUAUUCCUGUCGUUUCAUCUAUUUGGACUUGGACUAUCAAGUCAAGACUCUCUCUGCCAGUGUCAACGUCACUGUCAAAGUAUUUCUUCGCCCUGACUGUGAGAUCCUUCCAGACCAUGGACAGUGGCUAUGUGGAGGGUAUUAUAAUGAGGGACGGCAAACCAGAGGCCCGUACCUCCGUAUUCCUUGACCACGAUGGUGAUAACUAUCAGUCUGCCAGCACUGACGUUGUGCUAACCCUAGCCCAGGGUGAGAAGGUGAACGUUCAACUGCGAACCACCAGCUCCGGGGAAUUUGUCGGAGAGGACUACACCAUCUUCUCCGGCUUCUUCCUCUACCCUUAGACGGAUAGAGAGAAGGAGGGAGUGAAGGAAGGAUAGGUGAAGGAGGGAGGAUUUCUUCCUCUAUCUAACCUUACACGAAUAGAGAGAAGGAGGGAGUGAAAGAGGGAUAGAUGAAGGAGGGAGAACUUCUUCCUCUAUCUACCCUUAGACGAAUAGAGAGAAGGAGGGAGUGAAAGAGGGAUAGAUGAAGGAGGGAGAACUUCUUCUUCUACUCAUAUAUUCUUCCACACUCACAAGGAUGGAGUGAUUGAGUGAGAGAUAAAGGAGGAAGAAGGAGAAAGAGGAUGAGAUUUGUUUGAUGGUGCUGGAUAAGGAGAAUAAUCAUGCCACGUUGUGUCAUGUCACGCCGUGCACGCCAUGUCAGGUGACCACGUUGUCGUGGCUGUGUAGUGGUGUUAAGAUGUUAUGCCACGUGAAAGCCACGUCUCAAGAUUGGCUAAUUGACCACGCCAUCUGCUAAAAUAUGGUUUCUAUGGUCUUCUUAAAAUAAUUUUUAUAAAAUAUUAUUGUGUCAGAACAAAAUAAUUCUGUUAGUCUGAGAACAACUCUAUUAUGUGUGUAUUAUUUUAGUUGCUGUUAAAUACAGCUUCUCAAAACAAUUUGAGUUGAAAAUUGAAAAAAUAAUGACGUCAUUAAAAGUUUUGAUAGUUAUUCGGUCUGUUUUGUUUUGUUUUAUUUUGUUGUUUCUUACUUAGAACUUUCGUUCUUCUGCAGAACAUUGUCUUUCUCCUGAGUGACUUAUAAUAUUUGCACGUGUGUAAUUUCUCUUUUUUUAAACUUUUUAUUUGUGCGAGUAUUUUGUAUUCAGAUGUAUCUUUCGCGUUAUGUUCUAUUUUUGUAUCAAGAUUUCUCUCCGUGUCUUGUUUUAUAAUGAUAAUAUUAUAAAGAGAAUAGAGUUUAUUUCUAUACAGCGUUUUUUGCCAUACUCUGUGAAAACUGUUUUAUAUAAUUUCUACCAAAUCUAAUGUUACGCUUGAUAGCUUUUUCUUUUUUUAAUAAACAUGUUUCUUUGUAUUUCCAA